AUGCAUAUACAAAUGUACAUGUGCAUAUGAUCGCUGGUAUCCAAAGACCAACAUCACGUCCUCCGGGGGAGCAAGACCUAAAAAGAGUUCUCAUGGAUACCCAUCGUCUGUAAAUCGUUCCGUUCUUCCCGAUGAACUUCAGAACAAUUUCUAUCCUGAUGUCUUACUUAUUUAUUCGCAAGAAGAUGAAAAACUUGCACAAUCAUUCCUUACUGAAACCCGAAACAAAAUCAAGGAUCAUAAUUACAUUGUUGCUGGGUAUUUAGACAAACAGGUAUGGGUGAACCCUGCAGAUGGACUUCCAGACUAUGAAAGAUGUUCUGCUUUUAUGUAUUUAUUCACAGGGAAGAAAUCUGUGAAGGACUAUCUCGAGGUUACAAAACAUGGUCAUCUAAGAGAUCUCUUGUACGAGGAAAAAUUCAUACCAGUGUUAACAGAACCCGAGGGAGACUUGGAUCUCCCUAUGUCCGCCACUGUUUCCUGUCCUCUGAGAUACUAUAAACAACAGACGUCCGCUAUUAAAGGGUUUCUACAGAAACACGCAAAAAUCCGAAAAGAAAAGGAGAGGGAACAUAAGAAAAAGGAACAGGCUUUUCUGGACAGUAUAGAGACUGAUACACCCAUAACACCCACAAAUAAACAAACGAUUAUACUAUGCUCUAAGUUUGCCAUUUUUGGAGACAGUGGCAAUAUCAUAAUGAAUAAAUAUACACGUGACGAGAAGGGGCCCUUUAUGUCACAACAAUACCAGAAUGAAUUUCAUGGUAAUCCUUUAAAGAAAGGAGAAUGUCUUGGGUGUCCGGAGGAUGUCGAUGAAUUAGGACCACCAUCACGGGACUCAAGAGGCAGCAGUCAAACGCCUUGGAACUUGCCAGUGUCUUUUGAAGGCAAACAUAACAGCUAUCAAAGCUUUCAAAAUAGACUAAGCACUCAAGUUGAAGACUUUUCUCGUAGACGCGAAGCCACAUUAAAUGAUAGGCCGUUAUCGGGUAGUUUGAAUGACGUUGCUUCGAUUGAGAUGAAACAGUUCUCACCUACAUGUAACAAUAGUCCAGUUUCAAGAGAAAUUCCUACGGAUGCGUCUUUUCCAGUCCUCCCAUUUAUCAGCAGCAUGGCGAGUCAAAAGCCCAGCAACAGUGACGUCUAUAGGAGCCGCGGCGUUCCGAUCGAAUGCCCGAGUCGUAAAGAAGUUUGUGGUUCAAUGUUUUCGUUUUCUAACAUUCCUGACUCGUAUGGACCACCAUCGGAGACCAACAUCCCAAUGCCCAAUCCACAAAAACGACAUACCCAUGCAGAAUGCGUGGAAAACAUAGCAUCACAUGAUUCUUUGCAAUCCGUUUUGCCAGGAGAAGGGUUAAGUCUUGGUUCAUUGCAGGACAGUGAUUGA